AAAAAUUGUGAAAAUCAUUUAAAUGUGAGGUCAUACGGUAAAAAUUGUGAAUAUUAUUUAAAUGUGAGGUCAUACGGUAAAAAUUGUGAAUAUUAUUUAAAUGUGAGGUCAUACGGUAAAAAUUGUGAAUAUUAUUUAAAUGUGAGGUCAUACGGUAAAAAUUGUGAAUAUUAUUUAAAUGUGAGGUCAUACGGUAAAAAUUGUGAAUAUUAUUUAAAUGUGAGGUCAUACGGUAAAAAUUGUGAAUAUUAUUUAAAUGUGAGGUCAUACGGUAAAAAUUGUGAAUAUUAUUUAAAUGUGAGGUCAUACGGUAAAAAUUGUGAAUAUUAUUUAAAUGUGAGGUCAUACGGUAUAAUUUAAUAGUUUUAUAUAAUUUUUAAUUUUGGGUCAUAAUUUAUGGACAAAAAUUUUUAAUUCAAUGUUUUGUGGUCCGUCCGUUGAAUGGGGAUUAGAGAAAACAUAGAGUAGUACCGAAAAUGGCGACCACUACUGACACUACUGGCCAACAAGCGAUCAGAUUUAGUGGCCAUACAUUGGAUAAGGCGACUAAAGCCAAGGUUCAUCUCGAAAACUAUUACUCCAAUCUGAUUACACAACACAUCGAAAGGAGGAACAGACACGAAAGACUAGAAGAGUCGAUGAGAGAUGAAGGUCUGACUGAAGAACAAAAACAAGAGAAACGAGUCCAACACGCAAACAAAGAAACUGAAUUUCUUAGACUUAAAAGAUCACGACUCGGUGUUGAAGACUUUGAACCUUUGAAAGUGAUAGGAAGGGGAGCUUUUGGAGAAGUACGAUUGGUUCAGAAGAAAGACACGGGUCAUGUAUAUGCUAUGAAAAUAUUGAGAAAAGCAGAUAUGUUAGAGAAGGAACAGGUAGCACAUGUUAGGGCUGAGCGAGAUAUUCUUGUUGAGGCUGACCAUCAAUGGGUUGUCAAAAUGUAUUACAGUUUUCAAGAUAUUAUGAACUUAUAUCUCAUUAUGGAAUUUCUCCCGGGAGGGGAUAUGAUGACAUUGUUGAUGAAGAAGGACACCCUAACUGAGGAAUGCACUCAGUUUUAUAUCGCUGAGACUGCUUUGGCCAUCGACUCGAUUCAUAAAUUAGGUUUCAUUCAUCGAGACAUUAAACCCGAUAAUCUACUUCUUGACGCAAGAGGACACAUAAAGUUGUCUGAUUUUGGUCUCUGUACUGGUCUUAAAAAAUCACAUCGAACUGAGUUCUAUAGAGACUUAUCUCAAGCAAAACCCAGUGAUUUUACUUCUAAUCCAAUGGACUCUAAACGUAGAGCUGAGAGCUGGAAGAGAAAUAGGAGACAAUUAGCUUAUUCUACAGUUGGAACUCCUGACUAUAUUGCACCCGAAGUAUUCAUGCAAACUGGUUAUGUCUCGAGUGCCGAUUGGUGGUCACUUGGAGUUAUUAUGUAUGAGAUGCUUAUUGGUUAUCCCCCUUUUUGCUCGGAAACACCACAAGAGACAUAUAGAAAAGUUAUGAGUUGGAGGGAUACUCUCAUCUUUCCACCCGAAGUGCCCAUUAGUAAUGAAUCGCGAGAUAUGAUUCAGAGGUUUUGUGCCGAAGCGGAGAAGCGCAUCGGUGCCUGUGCUGGCAUUGAGGAGAUUAAAGAGCACUCAUUUUUUAAGGGCGUUGAUUGGGAGCAUAUUCGAGAAAGACCGGCAGCCAUUCCUGUUGAAGUUAAGUCAAUAGACGACACCUCCAAUUUUGACGACUUUCCUGAUGUCGAUCUCAAAAUACCUUCAGCGCCUACUAAAGAGCCCGAAACGGCUGGUCUUAAGGAUUGGGUUUUUAUAAAUUAUACAUUUAAAAGAUUUGAAGGCCUAACUCAAAGAGGAAACAAAACUCCCCGAAAAAUACAAUUUAUUAAGUAAAUCAUCGAAAAUACAUG